CUAUCCGUGCCUCAGUGGAUUUGCGGAUUUAAAGGACACUAUAACAUACAUAGUGAGCACUAAUGCUCGUUAGCCUCGAUAACCCCCGUGCCCCCGAGACUGAGAGGCUGUGUGAUCCUGAGCUUGCUGGAUUCGAUCCUGUUGACCAAAAAAACCCAACAACAACCAACAACCCAACAACCACUACUUCGACUCAAAACAAGAGAAACACACACUAGACAACCAAGGAAGCAAGAGGAAAACUAUCGAUCACAUGUCAUCUCAACCUCAACCUCAACCCCAACCGACCCCAAACCAAGGGCAACAACCAGCAGCAACCCCACCAAUCACUACAACAGUCCCACCAACUGGAGUUAAUACGACCAACAGGAAGAACAGCAGAAACAACAGAUCAAGAAACAAUCACAGUAACAGAAACGGAAACGGAAACGGAAGAAAUAAAACAAACCAAUCUACUUCCUCCAACCCAAACAACAGAUCACAACGACGACCACCAAUCAAUCCAAAUCAAUCCAACCAACAACACCCUCAAAAUCACCAAUAUCAACCCAAGCCAAAUAAUCGCCAAGCUUCUCCCCAUCUCGAUCAUUCAAACCCCCCUCCCAGCUCAAAUCUCACUCUGAAUCACUCAAAACUAUUAGGCUUACAAAAACCCAGUAGAAAUGAUCGAAGGAAAGCGUUUGGCUCCAAACUAACGGAUGAGACUCAGCAGACGGCCUCCAACCAAGAGCCGAAAAAAUCGACUCCCCUCAAUCCUGUCGAUCUUAGCUUACUCUCGCUCUCAGCGCGAUUGAUUGUCGAAUUAUCCUCGUCAACCUACGACUGUUCGAUUUGUAUCUCACCCAUCGGACCCUACAAUCCGAUCUACCAUUGUCCGAAAUGUUAUGCGAUCUUCCACCUCAACUGUUCGAUCAAAUGGGCAUCCUGCUCGGUUGCAGACACAUCUGCCAAAGCCCUCCUCCUCCGAGAUCGUGAUCGGAUUCCCUGCUCGGAAGAGGCCCUCAAGGGCGAAUGGCGCUGUCCAGGAUGUCAAGAUCGUCAGAUUGGUCAAGCUUCGAUCCCCAAAAAGUACACCUGCUGGUGCGGAAAACUUGAAAACCCCACCUCACGGAACAAUCAACACCAUCAAGCUGGCCGGAAAAGGUCUAAAAUCCCUCACGGCUGUGGGAAGCGAUGUGGCAAGGUCGCGGCCGAAGGAUGUACUCACGGUUGUAUGGAGGAAUGUCAUCCGGGUAGCUGUGCUCCUUGUCCCGCGGUCAUCAAAACGAAAUGCCAUUGUCAAAAGACCGAACUAGCAAUCCGCUGUAGCCAGCUUUAUACCAAUUCUACAUACGCGGGACCGAUGAAAUCUGAACUGCUAUCUUGCGGUCAGGUCUGCAAUGCCCAGUUGUCGUGUGGUUUACACUCUUGCGAACAAAUCUGUCACCAGGAAAAAUGCGAAGAAUGCACGGCCAUCCGUCAGAAGUCAUGUUACUGUGGACACCUCGUACUGGCUGACCAAAAAUGCUCCGAUCAAGUCGCUUCACACCCCUUCACUCCUCAACCCGACCCAGAGAAACUUACCUGCGUCUCCAAGGAUGGGACGGAAUGGCUCGGUGAAUUUGCUUGCAAGGAUCCUUGCGAUUGGAUGUAUGACUGCGGUAUUCACCCGUGCCAAUCUACUUGCCAUCCACAUCUCGUCUCGACACCCCCUCCCUGUCCCUUUUCACCUGCCCUGGCCAACACCUGCCCCUGUGGUGCUACCUCAUUGAGCGAUCGUCAAACCUGUGCAGAUCCGAUCUCCACUUGUCAUAAUCCCUGCGGGAAAAUGUUGGCCUCAUGCGGACACGCUUGUCCGAAGGUUUGUCACUUAGGGCCUUGCGGACCCUGUCAAUCUCUGGUGACGACUCUCUGCAACUGCGGAAAAGAUAAAAUCGUCCGACGAUGUACCGAACUCGAAGAGCUGAAAAAAUUGGCCAUCCUGGAAAAUGAACAGAAGAUUCUGAGCGAGCGGCAAGAUCCCGAGAGUGUGAAGGCUCUAGCGAUCGAAUAUCGCUGCGAAAGGCCUUGUAGGGUGCUCAGACAUUGUGGCAAACAUACCUGUCAUCGUCGCUGUUGCCCCCUCUCCUUCUUGGAAAAUGUGUUGCAGACCGGCAGUAAAAACAAGAAAUCUGAAGCGGCUCGGCAUCAUGAACAUGAAGAUACCCUCGGCUUACAUGUCUGUGAUUUGAAAUGCAAUAAGAAACUCUCUUGCGGAUUGCAUUCUUGUCAGUUGCAGGAUCACAGAGGUCCUUGUCCAACUUGUUUACAGGCUAGUUUUGAUGAAUGGUUUUGUCAUUGCGGUGCAACCGUCAUCCAACCUCCGGUACCAUGUGGAACAAAGAUCGACUGUCAUGCGCCUUGCCAAAGACCUCCGCCCUCCUGUGGUCAUCCUAAGCCCCCGCAUACUUGUCAUGAAGAACCCGACUGUCCUCCUUGUCCUUAUCUCACUGAGAAAGCUUGCCAAUGUGAUAAGAAAAAGCUCGUGAAAAACGUCAGAUGUUCUCAGCCUAAAGUAUCCUGUGGUACCACCUGUGACAACUUGUUGGCUUGUGGCGCUCAUCGUUGUUCCCGUCAAUGUCAUUCCUUGGGUCAAUGUGAAUCAUGUGAUCGAGACUGCCUGAAGCCCAGAAAACACUGUGGGCAUGGCUGCCAACAGAAAUGUCAUGCGCCAUCUGCAUGUCGAACAGAAGAGCCAUGUGAAGCUACAAUCGAGAUGCAAUGUGAAUGUGGCCGGAUCACUCAAAAGAUCAAAUGUGCAAGUUGUGAUAGUAGACCGGAAGGAAAUCAAGGACGAGGAUUAAAAUGCAACGAUGAUUGUAUCCUGGCUCAAAGAAACUUGGCGGUGGCCAAUGCACUUCAAAUAACCAAACCUUCAUCGACUGAGAGUCAAGCGUUGGAGGAUAUUCAGUGGAACACUCGACUGUUAAAUUUCUUUGGGACUCACGCCUCAUUUGCUAAAAGGAUGGAAGAGCAACUCGCCGACUUCCUGAAAUCCGAGCUUAGUCCGAAGUCCACUUCAACCAAAAACUCACUCAUUAUCUCUCCGUUUAGUAAACUCAACCAAGCUUUUCUUCUUGAGUUCGUCACCUAUUAUCGAAUCAAACCAGAGAUCAUUAGCCAAGAACCUCAGUUUACUGUCAAACUUGUCAAAGACUCUAGCUCUUGUUUGCCAAGGAUUCUGCUUUCAGAAGCUCAUACAAACAAUCCUGAUACAAAGAGGACCUCCGUCUUCUCUGCUUCAGGAGUGUCGCUCCUCCGGAACCCCGGAAGUGCAAAUGGAUCUUCUUCGGGCAUUGGGGCACGUGAGCUAUCGGUGGCUUGCAGCCCAAACCAAAUCCUGGCAAUCAUGUUCGAAGGUGUGUUUGGUUACGAUCAUCAAUCAUUGACCGGGUUGAUCAAAUCUGCUUUGGAUAGCAAGAACAUCGGGCGCAAAGGUAAUCCGAUCAAGUUUCGAUUAAAUUGGAUCAACGACGAGGAUGUCUUGUUCCGAUUAUCAUCCUCGUCUUCAUCAUCUUCCAGUUUGACAACAAGAACCAAGUCGGAUUUCGAAGAAUUGGAAACGAUCGGUAAAACUUUAGUGGUCUAUUUCUCUCACUCAGAAUCACUAGAGGGACGGUCAAACUCAGAUCGAAAGAAGUUUUAUCGAUCAAUCGUAUUGGUCAAAGUUGAUUUACUAGAAGAUUACAUUGAUGAAGGUCCAGAAGAAAAAGGAUUGAAGGUUCAGAAGAUAGAACGAAUCGGAAGUCCAACGGUGAUCAAUCCAGACAGCCAUCAAGGCUGGAAAUCUUCCUCUUCUUCUGCUUCGAACAAGAAACUACACUCCAAACUGUUUGAUCAUAGUCAGCAUCCUCAGCACCAUACCUCGUCGAAUCGGUUCAGCUCAUUACUUUCGUCUUCAUCCACUUCCGUCAAUCGUGCAUCCGCUGCUCUUCAUCCUUUUGCGUCCACGUCUACUGCUGUGGGUAGCUUUUCUUCUGGCGUCAUUUCUGGCGGGUUCAAUAGACCUCCGAUUGCGGUGCUUGCGCCGAGUUCCUCAACUAGUCAUCCUAUUGGAGCUCGUAGUAAUAGUAAACAGAAACUUCACAAAGAAGAAGAUGUUGUUGAUGAUUGGGAAACCGCAGUUUGAUUUUUUGGUUUUUUGAAACUGUGCAUACAUUUAUUUCUCCCCUACUCUUUCUCGUGAUUUGUUCAUUCUCUGCAGCCGGUGACCCCGGUGGCGUGAUCUGCUGCAGGCUGUGUUUGUAAUAUAGUGUUUGGACAAGAUGUUAACCCUGCUGGCUGGUCGAAGCGCUUUACCCUUCGAAAAAAAAAGAGCAGGGUAAAUAAUAUAAAUGUCCCCAUCCAGCCUAGUUUGACAGCUAUAGUAUAUCAGCAUCUCAUAAUAUCCUGGUGGGAUGAGAUAAUUCGCCUCAAAAUGUAGGAGUUGUGAAAAUCUGCUGGAUUCAUAUCCUUGCUUUUGUGACUACACUACGGG